AUGGCUCAUCCCUCUAUUGGAAUCAAUAUGAGUUCAAAGCAUCCAUGCUCAGCUUCUUCUCUUGCUCUCAAAUUCUUGUGUUUAUGUGCUGAGAUGAACUUCAAAGAAACUUUUUUGGCAACAGUUUGCAAGAGAGCUACAAAGGAAUAUGAGAAUGGAGCUAGGGAGUUUGUGAAGACUACAAUAAUUAAUGCUGGUUUUCUGAAAAAGAUUAUUUGUCUUUGCAACAAAUGCCAGAAUUUAAGACAUCAACUUUCAGAUGAAGUUGUUGAACACUUGGUGGUGUAUGGCAUGGACAAAUCUUAUAAAACAUGGUUCCAUCAUGGAGAAGAUCUACAUCAAAAUAGCACGACAAAUAUUAGGUCUUCAAAUGAUGUAUUUCAAACUGCUAAAGUAUAUUCGACUAAUGAUGUUGAAGCAUAUUCGACUAAUGUAGAUGAUUUAGAUUAUGAUAAUAGCGAUGAAGAUUUUAAUAGGAUAUUGUUGGAUGCAGAAUCACCAUUGUAUGAAGGUUGCUUAAAGUACACUGAACUUUCAUCUAUUGUUGGCCUAUAUAAUCUGAAAACAAAGCAUGGAUUCUCAGAUAUCAAAGCUAUGUUGCCAGAAGAUAAUCUACUUCUAACAUCUAUGUAUGCAGUUAACAAGUUUCUGAAGAAGUUUAAUCUUAACUAUAAGCAUGUCCAUACUUGUGUUAAUGAUUGUUGUUUGUUUACGAAAGAAAAUAUUGAGGCCCAAGAAUGUCCCAAGUGUAAUUCUUCAAGAUGGAAACAAAAUGUGCACACAAAUGAGAUUUUACUAGGCCAACCUACAAAGUUGUUGAGAUAUUUUCCCAUUACACCAAGGCUUCAAAGGAUGUUUAGAUCCAAGGAGACAUCUACAAGUCUAAAGUGGCAUUUUACUAAUAAAAGCACAGAUGGGAAGAUGUGCCACCCAGUAGAUUCAGAGGCUUGGGAUGCAAUUAAUGAGAGAUGGCCAGAUUUUUCACUUGAACCUAACAACCUUCGAUUAGGACUUGCUGCUGAUGGCAUUAACCCUUAUAAAAGUAUGAGUUUUGCAUACAGCUGCUGGCCAGUAAUGCUCAUUGUAUACAAUUUACCACCAUUGUGCUUGAAGGAUGAGUUUACCUUUCUAUAUAUGUUGAUUCCUGGACCAAAGAAACCUAGAAAUGAGAUAGAUGUUUAUUUGGAGCCCUUAAUAGAUGAAUUACUUGAACUAUGGAAUGGCGUUUAUGCGUAUGAUGCUUCUACGAAGAAAAUUUUCAAUUUAAGGCAUAGUAAGAAGAUGUCUUAUUGCAAUCAUACUAGAUUUCUACCAACACAACAUCGUUAUCGAAGGAAGAAGUAUACAUCCAAGUUAAGUGAAAAAGCUUCAGAAUGUCCAACUAUAUUGACUGGGAAGUCAAAAGAUCACUAUGAAUCGAGAUUAUAUUUGGAAGAGAUGGGUAUCAUGACGAAUCUCCAUCCUUACAAAGAAAAUGGCAUCAUUCAUCUUCCUUCCGCAGCCUACACAUUAUCAAAAGUUGAUAAGAAGUUAUUUUGUAAGAGGCUAUUUGACUUGAAAUUGCCUUAUGGUUAUAGUUCUAACAUUAGCAAUUGUGUAGAUGUGGAGAAACGAAAGUUGACGGGUCUUAAAUCUCAUGAUUAUCAUGUGAUUAUGCAACAAUUGUUAGUUGUUGCUAUAAAGGGUUUAAUGGAAGAAGGUUGUAGAGUAACAAUUCUUCAACUUUCUAAGUUUUUUUAUGGAUUGUGUCAGCGUGUGGUUGACAAUGAGGAGAUUAUAAAGUUGGAAUUUGAAGCUGUUGAAAUUCUUUGA